AUGGUGGGUGAAAGUAGUAUAAAAAAGCAGAAGAAAAAGAGACCUCAUUCAGAAAGUCAGGAAAAUAAAAAUAAACAGAAAGACGAAUCCGUAUGUACAGAGGAAUCAGAAAGGGUAACCGAACACAAUGAAAACCCCUCUCAUUCUUCUCUGAGGAGACUCUCUGAGUCCGAUUCUGAUAAUGCAAAUGAACCCAAGAAAAAGAAAAAGAAGAAGAAGAAAACAGAAUUUUCUUCAGCUCAGCCUAACAAUAAAAACAAAUCUAUCAGACAGGCUAAGAGAGAAAAGUUUGCACAACGUCAAGCCGAAAAUGUAGCUGCAGCCAAGCAACAGACAAAAUCAGAAUGUCUGAAUUAUCUUUCUCAGUGGAAACACAAUAAACACAAUUGGAAGUUUAUGAAAGCAAAACAAGUAUGGUUAUACAAGAAUAAAUUUUCUGAAAGCUUAAUACCAAAGGAGUCAUGGAGUCUACUUUUGGAAUAUUUUGAAUCUGCGAAAGGCAAUAUCCGUACUAUGUUGUUGGAUGAUGCAAAUAAAAUUAUUAAACAAAUGGAUGACUGGACUGAAUCACAAAAAUGUGAAGACGCAAAUUCAGAAAAUGAAGACAAUGAAAAUGAAAUAAAAAAACCAGAUGAAGCAAUUUAUAAAAGAGCUAGGGAGUUAUUACAGUUUUUACAAGAAUAA